AUGAUGAGAAAAGUCACCGGUGCUCUAAGAUCCGGCAAGACUUUCAGUUCCAGACACAGGUCUGGACCAUACGUUACCCAACCCUCGUCUAAGACAAAGUCGGCUUCACCCAAGUCGGCUUCUCAAGAACCUGAUCCUGUCGCUUCUUCCUCCAAGGACCCAGCUACUCCUGUGAAAAAGCGUGCCUCCCCAAGAAAGAUUGCCCUCCCUUCAUCUCUUCCCACUGGGUUCGUCGAUGAAAGUCUACAGAAGCGGAUGGACGAGAUAUCUGUUAAAAACAAAGGUGUCUCUGCUUCGACUGAGUUGUUUUCUCAAGAACGUGUGCCUGUCGCUUCUCCCUCCAAGAUCCCAGCUCCUCCUAUCAAAAAGCGUGCCACCCCAAGAAAGAUUGCCCUCCCUUCAUCUCUUCCCACUGGGUUCGUCGAUGAAAGUCUACAGAAGCGGAUGGACGAGAUAUCUGUUAAAAACAAAGGUGUCUCUGCUUCGACUGAGUUGUUUUCUCAAGAACGUGUGCCUGUCGCUUCUCCCUCCAAGAUCCCAGCUCCUCCUAUGAAAAAGCGUGCCACCCCAAGAAUGAUUGCCCUCCCUUCAUCUCUUCCCACUGGGUUCGUCGAUGAAAGUCUACAGAAGCGGAUGGACGAGAUAUCUGUUAAAAACAAAGGUGCCAUUGCUUCACCCAAGUCGGCUUCUCAAGAACCUGAUCCUGUCGCUUCUUCCUCCAAGGACCCAGCUACUCCUGUGAAAAAGCGUGCCACCCCAAGACAGAUUGUGCUUUCUUCGUCUUUUCCUCGACUACUUGCCUCUGGGCACGCUGAUGAAGUGAAGCAGAAGCGGAUGGAUAUGUUGACAGCAGAUGCUCGCCGUCUCACUUCCGCUUCUCCUGCGCCCGAGCAGUCUCUCAGCGAGAGUCCACACACCCUUCCAGUGUCUGAAGCCCCAACCGCCAGCAAACGACAUCAAUCCGAUGAUGACGCCCCUGAGCCAUCUCCUAAGCGUCCAAAAGUUUGUGCCUCUGGCAAAGACCCCGAAGAGGAGAGAGUGGACAACCAGGCUCCCGACUCUCUCGGUUCUGUCCUGGACGAGGACCAUGCUUCUCGAAGUCUAGGAGGAACUACCACCGGAACGGCUGCAAAUAUUUCUACUCAGUCCACUGUUGAUUCGCUGCUUGAAGUUUCUUCCCAACCUCCUGAUGAGGAAGAGGGGCAAAUCAGUGAUGAGGAGAUGAAUACUACAGAAUCCAUUGAACGUCACACUCCGCUGUCCGAUGAUGAUUCAGACAUUGUUUAUUCUAGGGAGGGAGCCCGAGCUCUCCACCAAGACACUGACGAAGAGGAGGAGGAGGAGGAGGGAGAAAAGGAGAAAGAGAAAGAGAACGAAGACGAAGAGAACGGAAGGGAGGAAGAGGAGGAUCACGGUGAACUAGAUAUUGCCUUUUCUUGUGUUCAUCCCUUAGACAGAAGUGAUUCUUACUACCCUAUCAGUUUGCACGUGGAAGGGCAAGAGUUCUUGGAUGUCCUGAUCUCAAAGGGAACCACUUACAUGAAAUUGAUCGAGAGGUUGGGUGAGAGGUUUCCUGGUGUAGAACUGAGAAGUAUGCACAUUUUUUUCUACAAUGAUCUAGAGGACACACACGAAAGAGCCGGUGCCUAUCAGAGAAACGCGACCUUGCAUUCUUCGGGGAUUCACGCUUACCGAGCCCCUGUUGGCACCAACUCUUGUACCAACGUUUGGCUUCAUUCUCAGACGAAUGGCGGUUAA